ACCAAACAAACAAACAAAACCCCCCUUCUCUCUCUCUCUCUCUCUCUCUCUCUCUCUCCGUCUUGGCGUAUUCUAAAUUCUAAUACAAACGCAAUCACAACACAAGCAAACUCACAUACACAGACAAAACAAUGGCCGCCUCUCUCUCCGUCUCAAGACUCCUCGUCUCCUCCCCUAACACCCUCGCCCUUUCCACCAAUACCUCUCUCUUCCCCACCGCCAAAACCCUCGCCUCCAAACCAUCUUUCACUUCGCUCCCACUCAAACUCCAUCACCACCCUAAACCCCUCAAGUUCUCCACCACCACCAAAUCCACAAUUUCCGCCUCUAUCGCGGUCGGCGAAAGGCUUCCCGACGCCACACUGUCCUACUUUGACGCCUCCGGUGAGCUCCAGACCACCACCAUUUCCGACCUUACCAAGAACAAGAAGGCCAUCCUCUUCGCCGUCCCCGGCGCCUUCACCCCCACCUGCUCCCAGAAGCACCUUCCCGGCUUCGUUGAGAAGUCCCAAGAGCUCAAGGCCAAAGGCGUAGACACCAUCGCCUGUAUCUCGGUCAACGAUGCAUUCGUCAUGAAGGCCUGGAAAGAGGACCUCAAGAUCAACGACGAGGUGCUCCUGCUGUCCGAUGGGAAUGGGGAUUUCACCAAGGCUAUUGGGUGCGAACUAGAUUUGAGCGAUAAGCCUGUGGGGUUGGGUGUGAGGUCCAGAAGGUACGCGCUCUUAGCCGAAGAUGGGAUCGUCAAGCUCUUGAAUUUGGAGGAAGGCGGAGCGUUUACGUUCAGCGGGGCUGAGGAUAUUCUCAAAGCUCUUUGAAUCCGGUCAGCUUGCAACCCCUUAUUCUCUCUCUCUCUCUGAUGUUUUUUUGUCGUCAUUUUAGGGACUCACUUGUUCCUUGUUGGUUCAGUGGCUGGACUUGUUUUUGGUAAUAAAACUUAUGGGACCUGAGAAUGUGAUUUAUGCCAUUGCUGGAAAAUGUUGGCACUGAUUAA